UGGGCCGUUGGCCGCUGCUGUAGGCCUGUUCAUAUCUCCUGGUCGUUCCACUCGAACCUCAGAAUCACAAGAGCGCCACUUUUUCACCGUUCGGACGUUGUUGCGGUUUGAGUCCACAGCCUGAACUGCGCUCUCGUUGGCUCUUGUACUCCGUUCUUUUUAACAUUUGAUGGCAUGCAAACCAAUGCAUGCUCUCGACAGAAAGUGGCACGGCAAAUCGACCGGUGUCCCUUGUCUAGGCUCAGCUUGUGACUCAUGACCCUUGGCACCACAAAUCUACGAGAUGAAUAGGUGCCCAUAGUUACAAUGACGCGUUCUGUGUGCACCACUCUGCACGAACCGGACAGUUUUCCUCUCUCAUCGUCGUAUGCAACGUAAUGUUUCUGCGGUACGACCAUCGAGUUUGCGUCGGACUGACGCUGCAUGGAUAGUGCACGGGCCGUACUUCAUCUUCGAUAUCUAACCUUGGGACUUUCACAAGAUCCUUCAGUUUUGACUGUGUCAAGAGCAUUCAAAAGAUGGGUUGUUGGAUUGGGAUCUCCGAGAGGCUUAUGUUCGCGGACCGGGAUCACUGUUGGUCAAAGUACUAUUCCAACCCUGGUUAAAGAGAUUUUAAUCACAACCGUGAGUUUCGAGGCAAAAAGAUGUAAAUAAUCUCCAUCGAGGCCUCCACGACUGGACUGAAGCAAGUUCUAUGUGCAAGUCAUGGUGCCUUGGUCGGUGGUCUGGAAAAAGAUAGGUUAACGGGAAAUAGAUUUCCUGAUUCAGACAUGAAUUCUCGUGACGGUUGAAUUCUUGACUAAUGAAAUACUCAUCGAACUGAUCUUCAUUCACUUUAAACUAGGAAAGUGGGAACAGAGAAUAAAAAAGAAACAAAUGCACUCCAGCUGAUCAUUGAGCACGGAUUUGUCUUCAAGACGUUCAAAAGGCGCUUCAAAAUGAAAAUGAGCACGGACUGACUAGAGAUCGGAGGAGCAACAAGUUACAUGUUAGGGGACAUGACUUGUUCAGGAACUGCUUUUAAUGGUCAAAGUGUAUAGGUAUUCGCUUUUCUUCCGUUUGAGAAGGCGACUGACUUAAUGUCUUGGCACGUUCUAUAACAUCGUGUGAUCUAAUUUUUGCCACUUUGGACCAGCAAUUCAGGAGAACUCAGUGUACAGUAUGAUAUAACAGUCUGGUCUAUGCAGUUAUGACCACAAUUUCAUUCACACAUGAUCACAGGGUAGCGAGAAGAACAUAUGGUCUACGGUUUGGCCUCUCUGACUGGACUAUUUCGAUGAAGCCCAAUACAAUCUCCAACCAAAUUAUUUUAUUGAAACAGAAAAGAACGGAUCUUCUAGUCUUGGCUGUAACGCGUUUUCCUUUACGCUAGAGGUAGUGAAAUUGAAGAAGCGCUCAAUGAGUAGAGGUCUUAAGAAACUAGAAAGCUUGAAGCCUGAAGUAGUCCUCCGAGUAAUUGUAUACUGAAUGUGCUAAAUCUAGAUCUGCAGGCAAAAUUUAGCGCAUCUAUCAUAGAUGGUUGAAAUAGUCUUGAGGAGUGUUGAAUUACUUCAUUUCUUCAACAUUUACUGAGUAGUUUGUCAUCGUCCUAGAGGACAAGGACAAAGGUCUCGAAUGGUUUAGCAUUCGAGAAAUAUUCGUAAACCGUGACCGGGUUAAAGAUUGACAACAAUUUUUCUAUCUGAGGGUGAGGAACAUCAAGGACUGGACCAUCGAUUGAAGUACACUAUCGUGGGAUACAUGGCCUAUCCCUGGUGAGGGUAGGCAGAUCUUUCUAUUUUGACAUGGCUAGAAUGUCUAGUGAUAAUAAUUUGGUGCGUUGAUGGGAGCCAAUGAGGUGGUCCUUGUACUCAUUGCAACUGAGGGUUCGGUGGAUGUCUACCACUGCUACGGUAGUCCAACUUUUUUAUACGCACUCGUAUGCGACGAACUCAUCACUAAACUAGAGUCGAAAGUUUCUCUAUUUCAAUCGUUUCACUGAUUGGCGUGAGUGCUAAUACUAAAGAUGUCCUUUCUCUUUCCACUGAGAUGCAUUAUACGUACAGAUGUCACCGAUACGGUUCCAAUUUU